AUCUAUUCGGCUUCCUUUGCAACAGUAUGCUUCUCAUCUUCAAGUGCGCAUAUUUCUCGGGAAUUCUCCUGCGUGUCGUCCAUUCAGCCCCUUCUACCGAAUAUGUAGUUUAUCCAAGGCUUCUUGACGAAAGAGGACUGGACGUUGAGAGGAUACUGUACAUUCAAGAUGACAUAGUUCUUAGGUUGCAAAAGAACACAGUACUCGGCGAAAGGUUCACAUUUAGCGAGACCGUGAAUGGAACACGAGAGGACACAAUUAUGGACGGAAGAAAACUUGAAGCAAACAUGUUUCACGACAGAAUUCGAAUGGCGUCAGUCAAGGUAGAAGAUAAGAACGGCGCAGUUGAAGUGAGAGGAAUCUUAAGCAACAGACUAAGAAUCACGCCUCUGCACAUCAGUGCUCGAUCAAAUGACGGGCUUAUUCCGCAUAAGAUAUAUCAGGUUGAUCAGCGUGCCGAAGAUGCCAAUUCAUUCAAAGCUGACCUAAUGAAAAAGGACAGUGAAAGCGUUUUUGAAGCGGAACUAAACAUUGUGGUCGAUUCUUAUUACUGGUCCCACUUCAAAGGCAAAAGCGAACUAAUAGAGUAUUUGGCAAUAUGUAUGCAGUUGGUAAACAUUCGCUAUGAAGACACGAAAGAUCCCAUGGUCCAGUUUCUGCUGACUGCUGUUGAACAAGACGCGGCUUCGGUUUUCUACACAAUUGACGGCAAGGACGUGGACUGUUCGAGCUGCCCUUCAAAACUUUACGUUGACGCAGAUGGCACGCUGCAACAAGCUAAAUCGAUUUAUGGGCACAACAAAGAGCAUGAUAUUACCGUCCUUGUCACAUCGCUGGACAUCGUGGAGAAAAAUGGUGGCAGUAUAUUAAACACUAUUUUGGGAUAUGCAGAGCGUCGGGGCCUGUGCAGUGAGGGAAGCCGCGUUGCACUUGUGGAGGAUGCACCACACAGUUACUCUCUAACUCGAAUUAUAACACAUGAGCUGGGGCAUACGCUUGGUGCUACUCAUGACGGGGUUGAGCACAACGAUUGCAGCCUGCAUGAUGGAUACAUUAUGGCGCCCUUUACUCACGGAAGCAACAAUGGCCACUUUUCUGACUGCUCUAUUAAAGAGAUUCAAGAAUUUGUCAAGACGAUAAAAGAAGAUUGCAGAGAGGUUAAAUCAAGGAACACACUUAACAAGAAUGGAACACCAGUGCUACCGGGGGUGGUUAUGAAUUUAACUCGAUAUUGCGAACUCAAGCAUCCAAGUUUUUGUGACAUCACCGUAAACCAGGACAAAAUAAAAGAGUGCCGAUUUCAAUGCUGCUUUGGCGGCAGGGUCAAAUGUAUGAAAAACAAGCCUGCAGAUCCAACGUCCUGCAAUAAUCAAUGGGACAUUAAUAUGGAUCCACUCUGCUCAGUCAAAUGCUGCUCUCUGUUUGCCUCUGACGCGACGCACAAAUGUUUUGAAGAAAUCGCUGUCGAUGGAACGCCAUGCGACGACAAAAAGAUGUGCUUCAGAAACAAGUGCGUUGAUAACUAUGACCUUUCUGAAACACCAGGGUUGUCCACAGCACCUGCAACGGAGGAAAGCUAA